CUGAGAAUUACUGAGAAUGUCCUGUUCAACCACUCUGAUUGGCUGGCAGCAAGGUUGAUUUCAAACCACAACUCCUCCUACUCUACACAUCACACCUGUAGAGCUAAUGUCAUCAACGGCUUUCACAUAUGUGGUGUUCUUUAGUCCUUGCAUUUGAAGCACAGAGGAAAAUGAUCAGUCCACCCUUUAUAUGUGUGUGUUCUGUUCUCAUCACAGUGGUGGGGGCUGUGGAACUCAAUCAGGAGAUCAGUGUGUCUGCAGCUGUGGGGAAAGAGGUCUCAAUUCACUGCACUUAUGGAACUGGGUGUUGGGACUACAUCCACUGGUACCAGAAAAAGGAGGGAGAGAGCUUUAAGAGAAUCUUGUACAUAGAUAUGGAUGAUGGAACUAAAACAAAUGACCCUGGUUAUGAGGCAUUCCAAACAGAGAAAAAAGGAAAUAAAUUCACUCUAAAAAUCCCACAGUUGAAGUCCUCUCAUGCUGCAGUGUACUACUGUGCGUGCUGGGAUGAGGAUUCCUCCCACAGCCAGAAUUCCUGUUGCAGCCUGCACAAAAACUACGACACAUUUUUGUGCAUGUUGCUCCCACCACAAGAGGAAUUACUGAGAAUGUCCUGUUCAACCACUCUGAUUGGCUGGCAGCAAGUGGUGGGGGCUGUGGAACUCAAUCAGGACAUCAGUGUGACUGCAGCUGUGGUGGUGGGGGCUGUGGAACUCAAUCAGGAGAUCAGUGUGUCUGCAGCUGUGGGGAAAGAGGUCUUAAUUCACUGCAAUUAUGGAGCUGGGUGUGGGAGCUACAUCCACUGGUAUCAGAAAAAGGAGGGAGAGAGCUUUAAGAGAAUCCUGUACGUAGAUAUAAGCUCUGGUGCCAAAACAAAUGAUGCUGGUUAUCAGGAGUUCAAAGCAGAGAAAAAUGGAAAUAAAUUCACUCUAAAAGUCACGCCGUUGAAGGCCUCUCAUGCUGCAGAGUACUACUGUGCCUGCUGGGAUUCCUCCUCCCACAAAGCACAGAUCUUAACACCACCUCUAACACAAAGAGGAGCUUGCUUUGUUACAAUGUCAGAGCUCACAGCCAUCUUCUUUCUGAUCUGUUUUGGCUUCACAUCAGGUGACACAGGGACAAGUGUGACAUACCCAAAGAUCUGGACUGUGGUCAAGCUGGGAAGAACUGCCCGGAUAGAUUGUGAGGUGGACAGCUCUGUUUCUCUGAGCAAUAACCCCUUGCACUGGUACAAAAGGAGAGAGGGGGAAGCUUUUACACGGCUCCUUUAUCUGCCAGCAGGCCGAAGCACUGUUGAAAAAGAUGAUGGUGUGAAAGGCUCAGUCACUGCAGGGAAAAAGGGACAAACGUCCACUCUGACCAUCUCCAACACCGACUCCAAUGACAAUGCUGUCUACUACUGCGCGGUGUGGAGCGCUGGAUGGAUUAAACGGUUUGGAGGAGGUACCAAACUGUUUGUCACUGAGAGAGCCAUCCGUGCACCUACAGUGAGUGUCUACUCCACCUCCAAAGCUGUAGAACAGAAAAUCACCUUUCUGUGCCACGCCAGUGAUAUGUUUCCAGAUAUAAUCCGAUUCACCUGGCAGGAGAAGACCAAUGGUCAAUGGGUUGACGUGAAAAAGGAUGGGCUUGAGUUGCUGGAAGGGAGCUUCUCCAAGGACGACACAAGGACCAGCAUGAUGCUCAUUGACCAGCAGAAGGCCAAGAACAACCAAUACGCCUGUACCUACACCCACGAGGCCAACAAGAAUGCACAGCAGAGUGAACGUGUUGAGAUUGAAAAGAAAGCCUCAGAAGACCAGGGAUCUGGGACACAAAAAACACCCAUUACACAAACCUGCCCACCGGCCAAAAUCACAAAUGAGACAGCUAACAUAGAUGCUCUUACAGAGCUCUUUGGAGCAGCACGCAGUCUGUAUCUGGCAACAUGGGUGUACACUAUGAUGAUUUUUAAAAGCAUGGUGUACUUCUGUGCCGUCUCCUACUUCCUGUGCACAAGGAAGAUGGGAGGCAAGCCCUCUGGCAACAGGAGAGCUCCCUGAUACCAGAAGUGCAGUGAUUUGCUUAUUCUAUAUUGACAAGAUCUUUUUGAAUGAGUGUUUUUUUUGUAAUGCUUGUGUCAUGUCAUGUCAAAUUGGACAACUUACAGCUACUUCUACAGCAUUUUCUAAAUGUCUCAAUAUAUAGUAGGAUCUGUGCAUUAGCCUCUUUCCUCCAAUGUUUUUUGUUGUCCUUAUUGAUUAGUUUGUAAUGCUGUGAUAUGCACCUGGCAUCUUAAUACUGGUUUGUCCAGCUGUAUUAUCUUGUAAAUUAGCAUACUAUACUUUACCUUUUCAAUUUCAACUACUCCAAUUUAUAAUGAAUAUAGCUAGAAAUACAGAAAAUAUUGUAAAAUUGAAUAUGGAAAUUAUUCUACUUUGUGCUUUAUACCUUCUUCUGAAAUAAUAAAAUAACUAAUGAUUGGGCUAUGUAAGAUGACAUUAAAUUGGAUUAAAAUGUUUUAAAUGA